CCUUAACUUUUAAUACAACUACACAGUAAUUAAAAACAGUGUCCCCAGUCUUCUUUAAUUGCAUAACCAAAAUUGGAGGGCAUCCCGUUUUAAAAACCUUGGGAAACACAGAAACCUCAAAACCCAGUUUUCUUUCUUACAGGAAAUGGUGUGUCCUGAGUUUUCUCAUCCUCAAUCUUCUUCUCCCAUGGCGAAACCUCGGAACCGGUCGUUUUGGUGUCUUCCCGAUGCCUUUCUUGUCUUUGGUGUUGCAUUUUUAGCUCUUUUAUUAGUAGCGUCAUUUUGGUCUUUUUUCACUCCAACACCAAACUUUGAACCCACUGUAACCGACCCACCCUCCAAGUUGAGCAUGAAUCCAGUCGAUUGCUCGGAAAGCGGGUUCGGAGUUAACUUAAAAUCCGAUCCCAAAGACCCCACCUUUUACGACGACCCGGAGAUGAGUUACUCCCUUGAAAAGCCGGUGAAAGAUUGGGAUCAAAAACGCGCAGAGUGGUUGAAGCACCAUCCUUCUUUCGCCGCCGGAGCACGUGAAAGAAUCGUUCUUGUAACUGGGUCCCAACCCAAGCCAUGUAAGAAUCCCAUUGGUGAUCAUUUACUCUUGCGUUUCUUUAAGAACAAGGUUGAUUACUGUAGAAUCCAUGGCUACGAUAUUUUUUACAAUAACUUGUUAUUGCACCCCAAAAUGGGUUCCUAUUGGGCAAAGUUACCUGUGGUUAAAGCAGCCAUGUUAGCUCACCCUGAAGCUGAGUGGAUCUGGUGGGUUGACUCGGACGCCUUGUUUACAGACAUGGAGUUUAAGUUACCCUUAGAAAGGUACAAAAACCAUAACUUGGUUGUUCAUGGUUGGCCUAAGUUGAUUUAUGAGAAGAAAAGUUGGACCAGUUUAAAUGCUGGGGUUUUUCUGAUUAGGAAUUGCCAAUGGUCUAUGGAUUUGAUUAACACUUGGUCUAGCAUGGGUCCAAUGAGUAAAGAUUAUGAGAAGUGGGGUCAGAUUCAACGAUUAACGUUCAAAGAUAAGCUUUUCCCUGAAUCAGAUGAUCAGUCGGCUCUGGUUUAUUUGCUUUAUACAGAAAAAGAGAAAUAUUAUGAUCAUAUUUAUUUGGAAGGAGAGUUUUAUUUUGAAGGGUAUUGGGUUGAGAUUGUUGGAGGGUACGAGAACACAACGGAGAGAUACUUGGAGAUUGAGAGAGGGGCGCCAAAGUUAAGGAGGAGACAUGCUGAGAAAGUGAGUGAGCAAUACGCAGCGUUUAGGGAAGAAUUCCUGAAGGAAGCUGGGAAUGGGAAAGGGAGUUGGAGGAGACCAUUGAUCACUCAUUUCACGGGUUGUCAGCCUUGUAGUGGUGACCAUAAUCUGAUGUAUGCUGGGGAGUCUUGUUGGAAUGGGAUGGUCAAAGCUUUGAACUUUGCUGAUAAUCAGGUGUUGCGCAAGUAUGGGUUUGUGCACUCGGAUCUACAUGAUUCCUCCACUGUUACUGAAAUUCCCUUUGAUUACCCUGCGGAUGAGGGUCCAUGGUGAAAACCAAUACAAAACAUACAAAAAGACAGAGAAGAGAAUAGCUAGAGUGAAGCAAUGCGCGAAUUUAGCAGCAUUCAUGCCAGGGCUCUGCUCUUUCUUUCUACUUUAUAAGAGGUGCGGUUGAAAUGGAGAAAUGUUGCUGUUAAAUCCCAUCCAGCAGAAGUUUGUUAAUUUUGUCAUCAUAUUUUUGGACAUGCCUUACUUUGCUUUGGAUGUGAUUAUUAGCCGUUAAUUGCUCUUCAGGUCUUGCAGAAAGUGCCGUGAAUAUUUAUAUAAAGACCUUGAUUAUAGCAAUAUAAUUUGAUCCAAUAUCAGCUUAUUAUUGUUA